CGCCUCACCCCCAGCAGCCACCGCCGUCUGGGGCCUGUGCCGCCUCGUCCUGGCCUGGCGGCUGCAGGCGGGGGCGCCUGGGAUCCAUCUCCUGAAAUUUAACGUUUCAAGAUGAAGUUUUUAUUGGCAAUUGCCUUUUUUAUUUUAAUUUCCUUGUGGGUUGAAGAAGCCUAUUCUAAAGAGAAGUCUUCAAAGAAGGGGAAGGGGAAAAAGAAGCAGUACCUAUGCCCAUCCCAGCAGUCAGCAGAAGACCUUGCCCGCGUCCCUGCCAAUUCCACUAGCAACAUCUUGAAUAGGCUGCUGGUCAGUUACGAUCCCCGGAUAAGACCAAAUUUCAAAGGUAUUCCUGUCGAUGUAGUAGUCAACAUUUUUAUCAACAGUUUUGGAUCCAUUCAAGAGACCACAAUGGACUAUAGAGUUAACAUCUUCUUGCGACAAAAAUGGAAUGAUCCCAGGCUAAAGCUCCCUAGUGACUUCCGGGGCUCGGAUGCACUGACAGUGGAUCCCACGAUGUACAAAUGUCUGUGGAAACCUGAUUUAUUUUUUGCAAAUGAAAAAAGUGCCAAUUUUCAUGAUGUAACCCAGGAAAAUAUCCUCCUUUUUAUUUUUCGGGAUGGAGAUGUCCUUGUCAGCAUGAGGUUAUCUAUUACUCUUUCGUGCCCAUUGGACUUGACCUUGUUUCCCAUGGAUACACAACGUUGCAAAAUGCAACUUGAGAGCUUUGGUUACACAACUGAUGAUUUACGAUUUAUCUGGCAGUCAGGGGAUCCUGUUCAGUUAGAAAAAAUUGCCUUGCCUCAAUUUGAUAUUAAAAAGGAAGAUAUUGAAUAUGGUAACUGUACAAAAUACUAUAAAGGCACUGGGUACUACACGUGUGUGGAAGUCAUCUUCACCCUCAGGAGACAGGUCGGGUUCUACAUGAUGGGUGUCUACGCGCCGACCCUGCUGAUCGUGGUUCUGUCCUGGCUUUCCUUCUGGAUCAACCCGGACGCAAGUGCUGCCCGAGUGCCGCUGGGUAUCUUUUCAGUACUCAGCUUGGCCUCUGAGUGUACCACACUUGCUGCUGAACUGCCCAAGGUGUCCUACGUGAAGGCUCUAGACGUUUGGCUCAUUGCUUGUCUGCUCUUUGGGUUUGCUUCCCUUGUGGAGUACGCGGUUGUCCAGGUGAUGCUGAAUAACCCAAAACGCGUGGAGGCAGAAAAAGCCAGGAUUGCUAAAGCUGAGCAAGCAGAUGGAAAAGGUGGAAAUGUGGCUAAAAAGAAUACCGUGAAUGGUACAGGGACUCCGGUUCACAUUAGCACUUUGCAGGUUGGUGAGACAAGGUGCAAAAAAGUUUGUACUUCUAAGUCUGACCUGAGAUCUAAUGACUUCAGCAUUGUUGGAAGCUUACCCAGAGAUUUUGAAUUAUCCAAUUAUGACUGCUAUGGAAAACCUAUUGAAGUCAACAAUGGACUUGGGAAAUCUCAGGCAAAGAGCAACAAGAAGCCGCCCCCCGCCAAACCCGUUAUUCCUACAGCAGCAAAGAGAAUUGAUCUUUAUGCAAGAGCAUUGUUUCCAUUCUGCUUCCUGUUCUUCAAUGUUAUAUAUUGGUCUAUAUAUUUAUGAUAAAUCAUUUCCAUUGGUAUAAAAUAAAAUCCCAUUUCAUUGUUACCAACCUCAUUCAUAAAUGCCAACCUGUGAAAAUUUUUGCAUUUUCAUAGCAAUAUAUUGCAUUUUGGAUGCCAUUUGAUUGUAAAAAACAAACCAACCAACAAACUAAACAUGUGGCACCUUCAUCUUGAAUGGCAGCAUGGUCUUGUUACAUAUGUGCUAAAUAAUGAUGUAUAUAUGUAUAGCAAACAUAUUGCUUUAGGAAUAAAUGAAGGAUAAGCAUACUACAUAAAAUAAAAUUCAAACAAUUCCCUUCAGUUAGCAUAAACUGCAAGUAUUUCAGAUAAUACCGAUGAUAGUCACGUGCACGCCGAAUCCUGUUACGAUCGCCGUUCUAAUGUAGUGUUUCACAUGCCCUUCCCUGUAACCUUCAGAGAAAGCCAUCUUAUUCUUGUAUAAUUUUAGUAGGUAUUAUCACAGAUUAAGCAAAAUUAUAAUACAUAUCGUUUAAACUUUGUAAGUAGAAGUAUAUCGGCUAUAAUUACAUGGGCUCUGUGGACAAAUAAAGUUAAAAAAUUUACUAAUUUUUAAAAUCAACUCAUUUUAAAGAGUGCCUGUGUUGUCAAAAUGCCAGAUGAUAAAACACAGCAAUCAAUUUUGAAGCAAAAAGAAAUCUGGAUUAAUAUAAAGACAUACUGAAUUCUGGCUUCUGAUAAACUAAAAAUGCAGAUAUAUUGAUUAAAUAUUUCUGAUAAAAGAAAUUAUGUUUAAUCCACAUAAAACCUAAAUAUAUUUUCAUGGACUUUACUUUGCUGAUACAGAGUAUACCCAAUCAUUGUGCCUUACAAAGAGUGGUAAAUAUUUUAAAUAGAAAUAUAGUAAAGGAUGUGUGAUUUCACAUCAUUUUUAAGAAACCAGAAGGAAAAUACUCUAUUACUAGAAGUAACUUGUAUUGCAGGAGAGGGGUUAAAGCCCAUAAUAAUUUAAGUACUUUAACUUCUUUAUUUUAUUAAAAUGCUUAAAUAUUUUAGGCAAAAGUAAAAUGUUUUCUUUUUUAAAUAUUCUGCAUUAAAUAUUUUUAAAUUUCUGCAUUUAAAUAUUUUUUGAUUUGUCACAACAUAUUUGAAGAUUAAGUAAAUCUCUUUGUUUAUGUUCUAUUUGUAUUUUCUUUCUUGCUAAAAGUCUAGACUACUUAAAUGUAGUUACUUUUAUCAUGUUCCAACCUGAAAAUAGGCACUUUAUGUUCUCUAAGACCUCCAUUUCCUGGUAAUAUCACAGCCAAUGUACUUUUUUUAUUAUUCCAUAGCAGAAAUUAGAGCUAUCAGUAAUUCACAUGACAUAAACAUGAGACCAAAUAGAUUUACAUUAUUUGAAGAGUUUUAUUGCAGCUGAGAUUUGUAUGACCAGUUCAAUAAUUUAAAUAUUGUAUUUACAUGUAUUUAAAUAUUGUUUAUGCAAAUUUUGACAUGUAAUUUAAUGCUAUUCUA